CUUUGACCACGUGGUUUUCGCUAAUUGUAAUGUCCGCGCAAUCCGUGACCACACCCAUGUAUAAAUGCCGAUCCCGUUUCGUUUGCAGCUUUUAAGGUUAUGACCCGUAUAACGCCCACACCGAAUUCCUCAUCCAUGACUCGAAUGGAAUAUGUUCCAGAAGGUUACCGGAAGCUUUUCAUUUCAAGUGUGUAGGAAGUUACAAAGUGCUGACUCAAGUGCAACUCUUAUCACACUCGCUGGCCCCGCGGUCCGUAUUCCCAUUAAAUUCAUCGAAAAAAAACCACUAACUGCUGACACCAAGAGAUUCCGCUUCGCCCUACCGUCCGCUGAUCAUUCGCUGGGGAUACCCAUUGGAAAUUUCAUUCAGUUGACGGUUACAGUCGACGGCAAACAGGAAACACGAUCAUACACACCCAUUUCCACCAACGAAGACAGAGGACACAUAGAUCUGGCGAUCAAAAUUUAUCCCCCGACAAUUCAAAAUCCUCGUGGGGGAAUCGUGACACAGUAUUUGGAUCAGCUGAAAAAGGGUGACGAAGUACUGAUGAGCGGACCUCUUGGGUUAUUGCGGUACAACGGACAUGGGACGUUUUUGAUUUCAUCCGGCCGGUUUUCUCUAGGCACAGCGAAAACUUUCAUGGAGCUUGGUAUGCUUUGUGGUGGUUCCGGUGUUACUGCCAUGAUUCCAAUAUUACGCACGAUGUUAAAGGAAGACGACGAAAAGCCCCAAUGUUCCCUGGUCUAUUCGAACGUCACGGACCGCGAUAUUAUUAUGCAGGAUGAGUUGAGCAGCUUAUCGUCCAAACAUAGAAAACGAUUAAAAGUAUGGUACACGGUGGAAAGGCCAACUAAGACCAACUGGAAAUACGGUGUCGGCCGCAUUAACGAUAAGGUCAUCCAGACAUUCAUGCCAGUACCGGCAGCAGGAGUACUGGUUUUGGUGUGUGGUCCACGACCUAUGGUGGCUGCUUGCAAGGCUCUUCUACUGGAUCUCCAUUAUACCAAUGAGAUGAUUUUUAUAUUUUCCAAUCCGCCGUAGAGCCGCAUUUGAUAAGUACUUCACCUAUUUCAGAAAACUGUCGGCAGUCGGUGAUUGGUUUAUGCCUGCGUGGUUGUAAAAACUACUUGAUUUAAAUCGUCAUUUUAUUUUGUUGUGCAGCGUUAUUGAACGGUGAAACGUUAUGUGCGAUAUUAAAGUUCUUUUUCUGGUUCUGAAUUGUUGUUAAAACUGAAAUUAAAAAUCCUGUGAAUGCGUAUCACUGCCAUGUCUUAGUUGUUAAUAAGAAACUGCAAAGCGAU